AUGGAUAUGCAAUCGCAGAUGACACGUCCUUAUGGUCAUGAUCAAGCAGAGGAUCUAAUCAGAAUUCACCAUCCAGAGGAAGAAGAGCAUCAAGAGAAGGGAGCAUCUAAAGUGUUGAAGAAAGUGAAGGAAAAAGCUAAGAAGAUCAAGAACAGUCUUGCUAAACAUGGUCAUGGUCACGAGCACGAUCACGAUGUGGAAGAAGAAGAAGGCGAUGAAUACGACGAGCAAGACCCAGAAGUGCACGGAGCACCAGUGUAUGAAUCAUCCGCCGUGAGAGGCGGUGUAACUGGUCAACCUCUGAGUCAUCCCGGAGAAGCUAACGUUCCGGCACCGGAGGAGAUCAUUCCACCAGGUACAAAGGUUUUUCCUGUCGUGUCUUCCGAUUACACCAGACCCGUUGAACCUGAACCGUUACGAGAAGCCUAUCACGGACACGAGGCACCGUCUCAUCCUCUGGCUGAUAUGUCAGAGAGAGAAGAGACCAGAGAGGCUCAUCACAUGUCAAUGAACACUCCUGCGUCUCUCCUCUCUUCAACAGAGGAUGUGACGAGGACGUUUGCUCCUGGUGAAGAAGAUGAAUAUCUCGGUGGUCAACGGAAAGUCGACGUCGAGAGGCCUAAAGGAGGAUUAGAGGAAGAUCCUGCUGGUCCAGGAGAAGGGUCGGAUUAUCUUAGUGGUGUGUCUAAUUAUCAAUCAAAGGUCACCGAUCCCACUAAAGAAGGAAGUGGAGAAGCUGGUGUACCAGGGAUUGUUGAGUCUCUUGGUAAGAUGAAAGUGACUGAUGAGUCUCCUCGUCGGAAAUCAGGACGAGAAUUCGAAAGGGAUUUGCCGACGAGAAGCCAUGAAUUUGGCGUGAAGGACGAAUCUGGAAUCAGUAAGGAUUCGCCGGCGGGAUUUGGAGGUGAAUCAGGAGCUGGAUUAGGGAAAGAUUUUCCGACGAGAAGCCAUGAAUUUGAUCAGAAGACUGAAUCUGGAGUAAACAAGAACUCCCCGACGGUAUUAGAAAGCGGAUCGAUUGCUGGGCUGGGGGGAAAUUCUCCGACAGGAUUUAGCGGAGAGUCCGGAGCAGGGUUGGAGGAAGAAUUUCCGGCGAGAAGCCACGAUUUAGGUCUGAAGACCGGUGAUGAAUCAGAGACUGGGCUGGAGAAAAAUAUUCCGUCGAAAAGUGAAGAUGUGAAAGUAUCGACUGGGUUGGGCAGAGACUUACCGACGGGGACGCAUGAUCAGUUCUCACCGGAAUUUCCUCGUCCCAAAGAGAGAGAUGAUUCCGACUCUAAGCUUGAGGAGAGACAGGAGGCAAAACCCAGCACUUACACGGACAAGAUCGCUUCAGCUACUUCGGUUAUAACAGACAAAGCUAUAGCGGCUAAGAACGCCGUCGCUUCAAAGCUUGGUUACGCCGGAGAAACCACAGGCGCCGGAGGAGGCGGGCAGCAGGAGAGUCCCGUGGGAGAAGAGGCACCGAGAUCUGCCACGGGCUAUGGGCAGAAAGUGGCGGGAACUGUCGCCGGAAAGUUGACUCCGGUCUACGAAAAGGUUAAAGAAACUGGAUCAAACGUGAUGACGAAACUGCCCCUCUCGGGUGGUGGACGUGGAGCGGAGACGCAGCAAGGGGAAGACAAAGGUGUGUCGGCUAGAGAUUAUCUGGCGGAGAAACUGAGACCUGGAGAAGAAGACAAAGCUUUGUCUGAGGUGAUCGCUGAGAAACUCCAUCUCGGAGGGGGAGAGAAGAAGACAACCAUGACAAAGGAAGUGGAAGUGACGGUGGAGAAGAUCCCUUCCGAUCAGAUAUUGGAGGAGAAAGAACACGGUGAGGUGAUUGCAGAGGAAGGAAAGGGAGGAGGAAUGAUGGGGAAGAUUAAAGGAACGGUUACUUCUUGGCUCGGUGGUACAAAGGAGGAGGAGCUGAAACCGAAGUCCUCCGGUUCUGGUGGUGGUGAAGAGUCUUCACAGUCACUUGGUUCCACUGUUGGGACAAAGGGGUUUUCGGAUUCCGGUGGAGCUGUGUCUACGCAAAGGGGACUUCAAGAAUCUGGGAACUGA